AUGGACGACAACAUUUCCACCUUUAUGGCCAUUACUGGCGCAAGCACCGAUGUCGCCCGCAGCUUCCUUGAGAUGACUGCUGGUAACUUUGAGCGUGCCAUCGAACUAUUUUACGAAAACCCUGACCUGGUUUCUGGUGUUGGAGCUGGUCUUUCUUCAACUGGACAAUCAGCGACAACACCCGUAGCACCAUCAGGAGGCAACAUUGGCAGACAAGAUUCGGCGGGAGUUAUCCACAUCGAUAGCGACGAUGACCAGGACAUGCAACUCGAGGACUUUAGCGACAAUGAAGGCGCUAACGACAGAGCUGUUGCUGCCCAUGCGGCUGCUAUGGCACAAGAAGAAGAGGAUGCGGCUAUGGCCAAGCGACUGCAAGAGGAACUAUAUGGAGGCAAUCAAGGGUCUGGAUCAGGAGGAAACCCGGAUGAUGUGCGAGCACCAAUUGCGCGAACAACCGAGACAUUGGUGGCACCUGGUUGGGGCGGUGGUGAGAAUGACGACGGAAUGGAAGCAGCUUUCCUCGAGCAGCUGAGACAACGGCGGAGGCAAAAUCCACCCGGCCGUGCAGGAGGACCCUUUUCUCAGCAAAUAUGGGCCGAUCCCGAACGACGCUCUGCACCUUCAACGUCCAACGAGAACGGUGCCCAUGCGCGACGACUGGAGGAUCUGUUCCGCCCUCCUUAUGAUUUGAUGGCACGAAUGUCUUGGGAUGACGCGCGUACUCUGGGCAAGGAGGACAAGAAGUGGAUCAUGGUUAACCUCCAGGAUAUGAACGACUUUAACUGCCAGGCCCUGAACCGCGAUGUUUGGAAGGACAAGUCUGUCAAGGAACUUGUUGGAGAGAACUUUAUCUUCCUCCAAUAUGAUAAGGAUUUCCCUGACGCCCAGGAAUUCCUUACUUUCUACUUUCCCAACGAAAGCCAUCAAAAUCCCGACAACUACCCUCACGUCUCUAUUAUCGACCCGCGAACUGGUGAGCAGGUCAAGGUGUGGACCGGCAGACCUUUCCCCUCUGCUCAGGAGUUUCAUGCCGAACUCGCCGAGUUUCUGGACCGCUACAGCCUUGCGGCCAACAGCAAGAACCCUGUCGCCAAAGCAACAGCUCGCAAGCCCCAGAAGUUGGACGUUGACCGUAUGACCGAGGAUGAGAUGCUAGAAAUGGCUCUCAAGAACAGCUUGGAGGGUGCUUCUGGAAGUGGAGGCUCCUCAACACCUAAUGUCCAUGACCCUGAUGCUUUGACAAAGUCACCGGCACCCGAAGAGAUGGGCAAGGGCAAGGAACCCGAAGCUCCAGUCGAGCAGAGCCCGUGGGCUAAGAUUUCUGGCACAAACCCGCACACCGAGCCAGAUGCCAACCCAACAACUACAACACGUAUCCAGUUCCGACAUCCAACUGGUCGUGUUAUCCGCCGAUUCAACCUGGACGACCAAGUGCGCAGAAUCUAUGAGUGGCUCAAGGCCGAACCUCUGGAAGGCAAGGAGGGAAUCGAGUUUGAACUCAAGAAGAUGCCAGCUGGACAGGACCUCAUUGAGAGUUUGGAUGCCACUAUCGCAGACACAGGAUUGAAGCAGGGCACAGUGAUGAUUGAGUUCAUUGAGGACUGA